AUGAAGAUGUUUUCCAUUUUCUUCUACUCUCUCUUUUAUCUUUCUAUAUUUUUCAUCUUCAAGCUUUUCUUCCAAUCAAGAAAAUUCAAAAACCUACCACCAGGUCCAACUUCACUUCCCAUAAUCGGCAACCUCCACCAUCUCAAACGCCCUCUCCACCGUACCUUCAAUUCACUCUCCAACAAAUACGGCAAAGUCAUUUCCCUUUGGUUUGGAUCACGUCUUGUCGUAGUUGUUUCCUCUCUCUCCGAAUUCCAACAAUGUUUCACAAAAAACGACGUCGUUUUAGCAAAUAGACCGCGUUUUUUAUCAGGAAAACACAUCUUCUACAAUUACACCACCUUAGGAUCCACCUCAUACGGUGAACACUGGCGCAACCUCCGCCGUAUAACUUCCCUCGACGUCCUUUCGAAUAACCGCAUCAAUAGCUUUGCUGGAAUCAGACGAGACGAGACGAAGAGAAUGAUAGCCAAGUUGGCUGAGGAUUCGUCAUCUGAUUUUGCGGAAGUUGAACUGACUUUCAGAUUCUUUGAUAUGACUUUCAAUAAUAUCAUGAGAAUGAUAAGUGGAAAGAGGUACUACGGAGAAGAUUGUGAGAUGUCUGAUCUUCAGGAAGCAAGUGAAUUUAGAGAUAUGGUAUCUCAACUUUUGCAGUUAGCAGGAGCAAAUAAUAAGACUGAUUUCUUGCCUUUGCUUAAGUUUCUUGAUUUUGAAAACUUGGAGAAGAAACUCAAACAUAUUGGUGAAAGAUGUGAUAACUUCUUGAGAAGACUCCUUGAAGAACAACGCAACAAGAAGAUACGUACAAAUACUAUGAUAGAUCAUCUUCUAAAUAUGCAAGAAUCACAACCAGAAUACUACACAGAUCAAAUCAUCAAAGGUCUCGUUUUGGCCAUGCUCCUGGCUGGAACGGACACAUCUGCUCUAACUUUAGAGUGGUCAAUGUCUAAUAUUUUGAACCAUCCCGAGGUAUUAAAGAAGGUAAGAGAAGAAUUGGAUACUCAUGUAGGUCAAGAUCGUUUGGUAGAUGAAUCGGAUCUUCCAAAACUCACUUACCUCAAAAACGUUAUCUACGAGACACUACGGCUGUACACUCCCGCUCCAUUAUCAUUACCACACUCUUCUUCAGAGAAUUGUAUUAUCGGAGGCUACAAAGUUCCACGAGACACCAUAGUAUUGAUCAAUGCUUGGGCCAUUCAGAGAGACCCUGAAACAUGGAGUGAAGCAACGAGUUUCAAGCCAGAGAGGUUUGAGAAAGAAGGAGAGUUGGAGAAGCUGAUUGCAUUUGGAAUGGGAAGAAGAGCUUGUCCUGGAGAAGCCUUGGCUCUUAGAGCAAUUAGUAUGACUUUGGCAUUAUUGGUUCAAUGCUUUGAUUGGAAACUUACUGGUGAUGGUGACAAGAUUGAUAUGUCGGAAAAAAAUGGAUUCGCUUUGGCAAAGUUAGUGCCAUUGAAGGCCAGGUGUAAAACACGUCCAGUCAUCAACAAGGUUUUCAAGUAA